GAAGCAGACGACGCAACCCGGGAAGUUUAAUUUGUUUAUGGGAUGAAAAGUUGUUGACGAAUUAUACUCUUAAAACACAUAUGAUGAAGGAGUAGACUUGAAUAACUUGUAAAUUUCAGUUUGAGGCUGUAACUUAACCAAACCUAAAGACUCAGACUGUCAUAGAAAAUGAGUAAUGCAGCAGAGCUAGACAAUCUUAUUCAAAGCUUUGAAUAUGAAAACCAACAGUAUAUUAAAUUGAUAGAGAAAGAAAGUCAGCACAUUGAAGCUAUUGAAUCAGAUAUCCAUGUGAGAAGAGGCCAGGCAGAUACUUUACAACAUGAGAUAGCCCAGCUAGAUGAAGAUACCAAGAGAGCUCACAAGCAAUUCAUGCACAAUAGAGAUAAUGUGGAAAAUUUGAAGAAAACAAUUCCAGUUUUGAAAGAUCAUGAGGUAGCUUUGGAGAAAACCUUGAAAAGUUUGAUAGAAAAUGGCAACCAAACAAGAAAAGAGAGAGAGGCAAUGCUACAGCACUAUAGAGAUGUUUGGAAAGACUAUGAAGCAAAGUACAAAUCUUUCCCAUUAGCUCAAGAAUUAGAGGCUAAGAAACAGAAAGUCAGAAUUCUUCAAAAUGAAUUAAAUGAAACAGAAGAGAGAGUCAGGAACUUACAGAAACAGAUUCAAGAUUUUAAUAGUAAUCAUGAUGUUGAUUUCAAAGAUAUGAAGAAACUGAUUAUCAAAAUAGCAGAACUUAAAACUGGAACCUCAGAAGUUGUUAGGAAAAUAAAACAUGCAUAUGAAGAGAAAAAGGUCAUUGAUGAAGAAAUUAAAAAGGCAAAAGAGAAGAAGCUUGCACAAGAAGAGGCUUCAAGACUUGAACAAGAAAAAUUAAAUGAAAGUAUGGAUUUAGAGGAAAAAGAUACUAGCCACGAUACUUCUGAUUCUUCAGCACUUAUCAGUAUGAUGAGAGAUGAUGAACCUGAUAUUAAUGGUAACUUUAUUAUUGAGAAACAGUCCAAUGUUUUAUCACAUUCAUUGGAGCAAGCCAUUGAUCAGCCACAGAAGGCUUCACCAUCUUUUACAGAACAGUAUGCUAGACUUAAUAAAGUGACUGCACCACAAAGAUCAACAGUUUCCUCUCCAGAGAACCGUCAACAAUCAUUACCUAUGGAAACAGAUGUCACUAGUCCUAGCCAAAUACAUCUAGAGUUUGCUGUUCAGAAUGCCAAAAUGAAGAAUUUAGAUAUACAAAGACAAAAUCAACAGAAUGUUUCUCAGCCACAAGUUAGACCUCAAACAUAUCAAGUAUUGUCACCACAACAGCAGUUUACUCCAAUGUCUGGACAACAAAUGUCACAAUUCCAACAGCAAUUUACAAGACCCUCUGGACAACAAUCAUCCCAAUCUCAACAGCAAUUUACUAGACCAUCUGGAAAACAAAUGCCACAAGUUCAACAGCAGUUUACUCAACCAACUGGACAACAAAUGUCACAAUUUCAACAGAUUGGCAGACCGUAUGUGCCUCAAGGUCCUUCUCAUCUUUUGAACAAGUCCGAAAUGUCGUCUUUGGCUCAAACAAUUCAGAAACAAACACCUAGACCAUUUGUGCCUCAAAGUACAACAUCUCAAGCCACAAGGCCUUCAGUGCCACAAUAUAAUUAUAGUCCAAUGAACAGAAAUUCUGCUCCACAAAACACAAAUCAGCAGAUUUACAGAAACCCACAAAAUUUAAAUGAACAGAUGUACAAAAACUUGGUGCCCCAGAUUAAAUCACAGUUUACUACAAGAUCAGCUGUUCCCCAGAUAGUUCAACGACCAGAAACACCAAAAUAUACACAUCAACAGGUCACAAGACCUUUACAGCAAGCCUCUCAAGUACAAAAAUAUAGACAAGUAGCUCCACAAACACAACCUCCACAGACUUUUGAAGCACCAAGGACACCACAACUACAGAUGCCAACCAGGCAAUCACCUGUAACACUGAGACCUAAUACUCCAAAUGUUGCAAACCUUCCCCUGACAGAUCAAGUCAGGAAAAUGACACCAUCAAAACAACCAGGGUCCAAGGUUCAAGAUCAAUCUCCUAGGAAACCACUUCCUCAAUCUUCAACAACUGCUGGACAGAAUAAACAGAAUGAACAGUUAGAUAUAAAUGGAAAUCCUUACCUUAAUCUACAACAGUCACCAAAGACACCCAAAACACCAGAACACAUGUUAGCAGAAACAGGAUCUGGUGACUUUAGCCCAUUUGAUAUGGAGAAACACAGACAAAAGCUCCAAAAGUUAAAACAAUCACCAGGACAGCCAAUGAGAGAAGCUAGACCAAUGUAUUCAGCUGAAAAAGUGGAUUCCAGCAAAGAAACAGAACCAGGGAUAUUUAUGGGUGUUCAGAGCAUAUUUGACACAAAGAGUACCAGCAAGACUGGCAGUGCUGCUGACAAUAACAUAAACUUUAGUGGUUUUGCUACGGAAAUGUCCAUGUUUCAGUCUGGUGGUGGAGGUAACAUGUUUCCUAGCGCUGGUGAUGGUGGCGGUGAAAAAUCUAAUUUCUUUGGUAGCAAAUCACCAGAUUUGGGCACAGCGGAUUCAGGGUUCAGUUUUGGAGCGGCAGAUAAAUCUGGAGGAAGUUCUAUCAUGUCAUUGUUUGGUAGCAGUAAUUCAGAAGACGAUACACAGGAAACCAGUUUCUCUUUCAGCUUUGGAGGAGGUGGAGGAGGGGACCAGUCAGGAGGAAGUCCUGGAUUUAGCUUUGGCGGGGCAGAUAAAUCUGGAGGUGCUUCAAUUAUGUCAUUGUUUGGUGGCGGUAAACCAGAAGAGAAAACACAAGAGAGCAACUUCUCUUUUAGUUUUUGAUGAACUGGCACUUUAAAUUCAAUUGUUCUAGAGUUCGAUUUCUGAAAAAAUUAUGCCUUUGAUCUCUUUUUCUGUUAUUAUUUAAAACAAUUUCGAAAUCAUUAU